AUGUCAACCAGAUUAUCGAAGCCCCAGCGAACCGAACUCCAGAACGUUAUUAUAAGCAAAUUCAAGGGCGAGGAAACCAUCACAGAUGAAGAAAUAGCUAAGCGAAUUGUCUCCUGCACCACGCGAACUAUUCGUCGUGCUCGUUCCAAAAUACUCAAACAUGGCACUAUCGACCCUCCACGUCGAGCUACAGGUCGACCAAGAGAAGUGACAGAGAACAUGUGGCUUGCUCUCAAGAACCACCUAGAAGAGCAUCCUUGCCUGAGUCAACAAUCCAUGGCUGAUUUCCUUUUUGAGCAAUACCAGGUUAAAGUAUCACGAUUCAACAUCGGUAGGGUGUUGAAACGAGCUGGCUGGACGAAGAAGGUCACACGGACUAUUGCGAAAGAGCGCAACCCAGAUCUACGAGACGAUUACAUAGAACGACGAUCACACUACAAAGUCAAACAAAUGAUAUUUAUUGAUGAAAGUGGAAGUGAUCGGGGUCUCGCAAUUCUGGAACGUGGUUACGCCCCGAAAGGUGUAACGCCGGUACAGACCAAGCGAUUCCACCGAGGAAAGAGAGUCCAAGUGCUGCCAGCAUACACUAUUGACGGUGUGAUUUACUCCGAGGUGUAUGAGGAAAAUACGGACGUGAACAUAGUUGAGGGCUUCCUCGAACGACUUCUGCCCUUGUGCGGCAGAUACCCAGCGCCACGAUCCGUCAUUUUCAUGGAUAACGCCUCGUUCCAUUUCUUCUCCCCGGCUCUGAAAGACAAGUUUACCCAAGCGGGCGUGAUCAUUGAAUACCAGUCACCGUACUCUCCAGACUUGAACCCGAUCGAGUAUUUAUUUGGCUCAGUCAAGAAUCGUAUUAGGAAGCAAUUCCUGGAGGACGAGGAUCUUAUCCAGGGCGAUUUUAAAUCGUAUCUCCAGAUGCAAAUUAGAGUUGUGGGAGAGAACAAGAGAGUUGCGAGGGGUCAUUUUCGGAAGGCACAGAUUUCAACGGAAGAAGCUUAG